AUGCGUCUCACGAACAAGCGUAGCUGGGAAAAGAUGGCGGCGGGCUCCGAUUUGUUGGGUGAUGUUUUCUUCAACACAGAGGUGGACGAAAAAGUAGUUACUGACCUAGUUGGAUCUCUGGAGUCUGAACUAAAAGCAACAGGGUGCGCUAACACAACGGCUAGGGUCCCGUCUGCAGUAAAUCACGCCGGAAAUUCAGCUGUAGGUAGUAGUUUUAAUGUUCAGGGUAGCAAAAUGGGACUUUCACAACAAGAGCUUGCUAGAGCAGGAACAGGAGCGCAAGGAGGUGUCAGUAACAGUACGGGGUCUCUGGGUUCAAGCAUGGAUGGGGCAGCCGGGAUCCCAUCGGCGGCGGGACCGAGUAUGACAGCCGCUCAGAGUCAGUCCAAGUCGGACGUGGCCAGCGGAGUUGUUACGGUAACACUAGAUGCAACAGCUGGCGCUGACAAACCUGGAGCGACUGGUGCGCAAACUUUGAAUGGAAGUGCUGUGGUGAUGAACUGUCAUAUCACCGCAUGCGGACCUACUGACAGCAACAACUCACAGUCCGCUGCUGUCGCGCUCCUCAAAAACGGACCUGUUUCUGUGAGUAAAGGAAGCGUAGCAGGUCUGUCUGGAACACCGAGUACUAUUAUCCGAGCGACUUUGGACGCGCAAAAUGCUGUGAUUUCGUCUGUUAUCUCGUCUCAGCCCUCUGUGAAAACUGUACCCACAGUAACGCUGGUGAGGCCACCUAUGCAAACCCCCGUGAACCCUUCGCAAAGCACAGGCAGUGCAGCCACCGUUUUAUCGUCACCGUCUGUCAGUGUUUCCAGCACGACUGGCUCUCCUGGCAGCAAAACCGACUGCUCAAAAACUAUAAUGCCUACUGGUGCCCACGUCGUGACUUCAGCUGUUGCUACAGGGACCGCAGCGAGGAGUCCGACUGUUUUGCAGAACUUGAGGACUUCAGUACCGUCAACAGUUGCUGCAACUCCUCCCGGUGGAAUACGAGCUAUUGCUCCACAGGUGUUAGCUCCUCGACUCACUCAGCCUCAACAAAACGCUCCAAAUAUCCAAAACAUUCAGCUGCCUCCAGGCAUGGUCUUGGUUCGCAGUGAGAGUGGGCAGCUGCUGAUGAUUCACCAGCAGGCUUUGGCUCAGAUGCAAGCUCAGUCGCAGUCGCAAAGCGCCAUGACUCCACGACCUCCAGCCCCCACAAGCACUCCACCUGUCCAGAUCACUUCCCUACAGGCACCAGGUGCAUCACUGCUGGCUCGUCCAGUGACUCCCACCACCAUUAUUAAGCAAUGUUCCACAGUUCAGACCACUGUGACAGCCACCACCACCCUACAGAGGCCUCCUGUUCUCCAGAACACCAUCAUGCUGGGAGGAGUUGGUACCACCGCAGGACAGCCAUUAGGAACGGCCACCACGGUGCAGCCUGGAUCUGCCUCCGCAGCAGUAACACAGAGGGUGGGGCCUCUUGGAGCUACUGGGACCCCUGUCACCCCGACAGCAGUCACAGCUGAGACACUGGAGAAUGUGAAAAAGUGUAGAAACUUUCUGUCAACGCUGAUCAAGCUGGCAUCCGGAAAACAGUCGUCUGAGACUACAGCCAAUGUCAAGGAGCUCGUUAAAAACCUGCUGGAAGCAAAGAUAGAGCCUGAAGAUUUUACCAGUAGGUUAUACCAGGAGCUCAACUCUUCACCACAGCCGUACCUUGUACCUUUUCUCAAGAGAAGUCUUCCAGCGCUGCGCCAGAUGACCCCAGAUUCAGAGGCCUUCAUCCAGCAAAGCUUGCUGCCUCAGCCUGCAGCAGCAGUUUCUACAGCACUCACUGCUGUGGUGCUGCGACCUCCUCUCUCCACGACCGUCACGACGACCACCAGCCCUGCCACAACCAAAACCACAGUUAUCAGCCUUACACAGACACCUCACAGUAAACCUGGGCUGAUAGUACCCCAGCAACAGGGGACCAUUGUGAGGCCACCGGUGACACUGGCUCAGUCUGCCAUGGUAACACUGAGAGGACAAACUCAUAGCCGCAUCAUUGUGGGCCAGCCACAGGUGGUCAAACAGCUACAAACAGUGCCAGCAGUGAAGCAGACGUUGGCUCCAGUAACCAAAGCAGUACAAGUACUUGGUCAGGCUUCCCUCACUGCAGCUCAGAAGAACAAGCUGAAGGAAGCAGGAGGGGGGACCUUCAGGGAUGAUGAUGAUAUCAAUGAUGUGGCCUCCAUGGCAGGAGUCAACCUGUCAGAAGAGAGUGCACGUAUCUUAGCAACCAACUCCGAGCUUGUUGGCAUGGUGACUCGUUCCUGUAAGGACGAGACCUUCCUCUCCACCUCUUCGCUCACCCGGAUAGUUCUGGAGAUUGGUAAGAAGUUUAGUGUCAGCGAGUUGGGCACAGAUGUCAUCAACUACAUUUCUCAUGCUACACAGCAGCGACUCCAAGACCUACUGGGAAAGGUGUCACAAGUGGCACAGCAGAAGAACACGACUUUUAAGGAAGAUGAGCAUUAUGAGCAGGCCAGCGAUGUGCGAACUCAGCUCAAAUUCUUUGAGCAGCUGGAUCAGAUGGAGAAGCAAAGGAAGGAAGAGCAGGAGAGAGAGAUCCUCUUGAAAGCUGCCAAGUCUCGGUCACGACAAGAAGACCCGGAACAACUCCGACUGAAGCAGAAGGCCAAAGAAAUGCAGCAACAGGAGCUGGCUCAGAUCAGGCAGAGAGAAGCCAACCUAACAGCGCUGGCAGCCAUCGGCCCAAGGAAAAAGCGGAGAAUGGACUCUCCAGUUAGGGGUGCUAUUGCAGAGAGAUCAGGGUCAUGUCCCUCUCAGACUGGAGGCUCAAGUGGAACAGGCUCCAGACAGUUUAUGAGACAGCGCAUCACUAGAGUCAACCUCAGGGAUCUGCUCUUCUGUUUGGAGAAUGAAAGAGGAACCAGUCACUCACACUUACUUUAUAAAGGCUUCCUCAAAUAGCACCCACAUUAAAAUGACUAGUCUCACUCAGCGGCAUUGAGGAGGCAGAGUUGACCAUCAGCUUUGACCCUUCCUGCCAGUACUUUCUUUGAUCACCCACUGUUGAAUUAUGAGGCAUCUGUCUGUGGGAGUCAUGCUGAAGAGACAUCAGCUUUUAAAAGCCUCUUAAAGAAAAGGUCUUUUGUAUUUUCAGUGCAAAAUGGGAAAGAUAUUGGAACUUGGCCCUGAAUUCAGUGUGCGCACUAGCUCUGUUUGCACUUCACGGAGCAGUUACAACCCACCACAAAGAUGAACACACUGCCUCAUGCUACACAAAAGAAUAAUGUCUUUAACUGAACUGAACACUUCAGAUUAAAAAACCCUGCAAGUGUCAUUCUUGCAGUGGCAUCUGUGCUGUAGCAGCAAAUCGCUUUGAAGUGUUUGUCAGACACUCCUCUUUAUUUAAGUCCUCAACAGAGAUUUUAAUUUAUCGUACAUUUAUAUUUUAGCAAUGCCUGUGGAUUGUUUUAGAGAUUCAUCUUAACUGGUCUUAUCAUCUGCUGAGUUGCCUUCUUAACAGUUUAAGCCAUAUGGAUUAGAAUGUGUUGAUCAAGGAAUUUUAUAUAUCCAACACUUCUCUCCAGAUUUCUAGGAUGAGUGGUUUUUUUUGUUUGGUUGUUAUUUUUGUUUUUUACCCUUUGUACUUUGUCUUUGAUUGGAAACAACAAUAAUUAAUAUGUCAUGUAUUGUGUGCGAUGUAGAGAUGGUAUUAGAACUCUCACUGUCAUAGGACUUGUGUGGUGAGAGUUCUUGCACAAAUGUUGAAGUCCACUUUUAUUUAGAUUCUAGCAUUUUAUACAGAGAAUUUAAACACCUUACGUCCCCUGUCAGUAAUUUUUGAAAUUUUGAAGUAUCAUGACUACAUCCUUAAAAAUCAAAAGCCUUACCUGACUUAAAUUUGGCUCAUCAUCUGUUUAACCUCUGGACCUCUCCUAGCAGUGCUGCUAUUUUUAGGCCCUAGUAAUACAAGCCUAGAGACCAGCUGGCAACCACCUAGCAAUCUCCGGUAGGGAGGGAAAAAUAUGUACUUUCCGGCCGGUUGUGAGUAGUUGCUGAAGGUUGCUGUGAAAUUUAUUUCUUAAGCCUCAUUCACACAGGGCAAUAGGCCAGUCAGUGGCCCCUGGUAACCAGCGGUUGUUAGGGAAAAGGGUGUUUUCUGCAAUGGUUGCUCAUGGUUGCUUGCUGUUUCUAAUGUGAAAUUGCACUGCAUCGAGGGUAUACGGUGCUGCACCAAAAAUCUCCUCGCAGUUGCUUUGGCCGCUAGCAGGUUGCUGCCAUCGUCCGUAGUUUGCAUAUAGGAUACUGACUUGUCUGCAAACACUUGCAAACUACUUGCCAGGCAGUAGUGAAACUGAAAAGUGGGAUGCAAUAUUCUCCGUUUCACGUCACACAGUUUCACUAAAGCUAAAUGGCGAGUGACAGUCGCUCUGCAUCACUACAGGCAGUCACAGCACUUUGAUAGCGAUGAGAGCAAUCACAAGGAUUAUUUUUUGGUGAAGCACCCUCUUUGCAACUGAUUUCAUGUGGCAACCUCCAGCAACUGCUUGCCGAACACUCCAGCGACCAGAGGUUGCCACGAGCUUGCUGACCAGUCUCUAGACCUGUGUGACUGAAGCCUUAGAAAGUGUUGUGGGAAUCCUGUUCUGAUCAGGUGUGCUCAAACAUAGAAAAAUCAUCAACAUCUGUUUCAAUCUGAUCCAACUUUUGUGGGGAAUUCAGUGUAAAGGGACAGAAUGUGACUUUCAAAAAGUAAUAUAGAAAUAGCAGAGAAUAUGCUUAAAGGGAGAUUGGCCAAAUUUAAAUCAGGUUUGCCUUUUUAUGGGUGGCGCGCCAGAACUUUGCACCUCCUCUGUAUUGAGAUUUCCUUUCCCAUCUCCAGCUGCCAGUAGCAUUAAUAAAUUUCCUCAUUGAUGUCAAUGUGACAUUUACAUCAAGAAGUGAAUCACAGUGAAAAUCCUUUCCAAAGGAAGUUAUUCAUCACUAUGUCAUUGCAGGUGUUGAUGUAAAAUUUUAAGCAGCAGAUUUGCUGCAGUGGCAGCAAGCUCAUGGUCAGCAUAUUUAGAAGGUCGGAGAAAAAUGAAACAUUUAAAUUGAAACGAAGUGAGUGAUGAAAACAAAUGUGGAUUUAACUCCUUGAAUGAUGUAAGGAAGUAGAGCCAGUUAUUUUGACACCUUGGGCUCGAUUUAAUGUCACCCACAGAACUAAAGACUUCAGUUAAGAGUAGGAUAUGGAUGAAAUGGCUGUUAGUAAUUUAACGAGCCAGGUCGCAUAAUAUUUUUGCUGUAAUGUGAUUUUUUUUUAAAUCAGUCCUAAUAUUAUCACUGAUUUCAGUGAUUUAGGUAAAUUACAUUUUUUUCAAUAAGUUGAAUGUCCACAGUUUUAUAUUUAUGAAUGAUAGAGGUCAUUUUGGUUAAACAUGAAAUGCAGAGCAAAGACUGCACUUUGACACAUCAGUUUUCUAAAACUAGUCAAUCAGAUAAACAUACCUUCUAUAAAUUGUUUAUAUUUUUGUGCACAUACUAAUUUUGGUCUUUAUACCUCUGGCAUUUUAUGACAAGAUGUUUAUUGUAUACGUUUUGUUACUGUAUAUACUUAAGUUGCUGUUUGUAGAUUUACUUGACAUUUGACAAUUUUGAAUUAAGAAAAUUUGUCUUAUUUUUCUUGUAUAAUUAUGUAACAAAGAGACAAAGAUAUUAUGCUUUCUUGCCAAUAUCUUGUAAAAUUUGCACAGCCACUUGUUUAUAUGUAAA